AUGUUUUGCUUAUGCGGUCCAAGAGGAACGGAUCAAAAUGAAAAGAGCCAAGAUACUCUAAAUUAAUAGAUAGCAACCAGUCUCCAAGCAAAUAUGAAAAGAAAAUCUAUGAAACCAUUUUUGAAUCUAGAUUACACAGCAAAUGCAGAAAAUAGUAUAAAUUAAUGUAUUGUAAUGUUAAAUGGUAGAAUUUGUUUAAAGAGCCGAUUAAUCAAGGGAAUACAAGGAAUACAUCGAUUUUAUAAAUGGUUAUUAUUAGGGAAACAAUCAAAAAUCAUAAAUCUAAUUACCAAAUGACACUGAACUAUCAGCCAUCAAAUAUGAAGUAUGUAAUAAUUCAAUUUAGGAAACUAAGACAAGUAAUGAACAAAUGAGACUUAUGCAUCUCGGGGAUGGCUUAUUAGCUAAAAUAAUUAGCAUUAAUUAAGCUACUACGUCAUCAUGUAAGGAUUCCUUUUCACCUUUUAUCAUGAAAGUAUUAAAUGAAACUAAGAGAUUCUAUGAUGUAUUUCUCUGAUAUCAAACUUAGAUUAAUCCAAUUUAGGAAGUUUAAUUUGUAAAGCAGUUAGUUCCACAUUUUAUAACAGAAUAAACUUACCAAAGAGUUAAGAAUGAUAAAUUACUGAUUGCACAUGAUCCAACAGGAAGUUUCUUAAUUAAACAUGCCCUCUCAAGUUAAGAAGUUUAUUACAUCCAAGAAUCAAAAACAUAUAGAAACAUAUUAAAUUAUGCGUUGGACAUCUUAAAAGCUCAGGAUAAAGUGAAUUAUAUAUUUAAAUCGGACAUUACAGAUAAAUUGGACACCGUUAUUUUAAGUAAAUAUAACUAUAAUAAUAAGAUUUAUUGCAUAUUUAAGACACGCCCAUUUCCUUUGUUAUUUAGGAAUACCUUACAUUGGCUCAUGAUAUGAUCAUAAUUUUAUCACCAAAGAUUGAUUAUCACGAAAUGGUAUCAUAGUUGCGUUAAGGCAUAAAACAAAGGUAUUUAAUGUUAUUAAACUAUAGUGCUCAAUCAAGAUUAUAUUGUAGUAUUGAAAUUUAAAAUGUCUAUAAUGAAGGGUAAUUUAUGGGUAGAAUUAUUUAUUAUGGAGAAGUAUCACAAAUUACUUAGAAUCAAUAACUAAGUUAUCUUUAUGAAUGCAUCUCCAAAAAUAUGAAGAAGAUUUAUAAAUAUAAAAAACUAAUUAAAGAUCUAAAAAAUCAGGUUGGAAUUAUGAAAUUAGUUGAUUUGUUUGCUCUUUAUGGAUUGCUCAACAAUCAGUCAGAAGAAAACUUUACCCGAUUUUAUUAGCAAAUGAAAUUGAGUUAUUUUCAGGAUUUCCAAUCUUCUGUAUAUAAGUUUUAGAAAGCUGAAAGCAAUUAAUCUUAGACAGAAUCCGAAAAUGAGGAACCUGUUCCCUUGGUUUAAUAUGGAAGCUCUAUCCUCUAUUAAGAAAUGAAACCAUACAGUAAAAGUUUGUCUACACAUGCUGCCAAAUCUGAGUAUGUCCAUUUUCAUUCUCAAAACAACAACAAUAACAAUAACAACCAUCAUAAAAAUAAAGCAUAAGAAAAAGUAGAGCUGAUAGAAUCUUGUAUUUAUAAAUGA